CGGCCAUUCUUCGCCGCCAAUUGCUUGUGACAAACGAAAUGUAAAAACAGAACUAUAACUGGAUUUGUGUGCCGUUGUGUGAGUUGUGAGUGCAAACAUGGAUUUAAACGAAUUGGGUGAAUAUCAGACUCGGUCGACAAUCACAUUGGCACGAGAGGACCAGUUGGAAAGAGACAACAAAUAUGACCCAUUUGAACACAGAAACGUCACUCACCCUACUUCAACAGUUGGCGCCUUCUUCCAUCUCCUGAAGUCGUCGCUUGGCUCAGGGCUCCUUGCGAUGCCGGCGGCCUUUAAACACAUCGGGGUCAUUCCGGGCGUUAUCGGCACGGCAUUAGUCGCGCUCAUCGCUACACACUGCGUACACAUAUUAGUAUCUACGUCACGAGCACUAUGUGAAGAAAGCAGAGUAGCAUCAUUGAGCUACGCAGAAACGUGUGAAAAGGCUUUCAAACAUGGCCCUAAGAGGAUUAAAAGAUUUUCAACACAUAUAAGGCAUUUUGCUGACUUCGCCAUGGCCGGGGUGUGUCUGGGAGGGACAAGCGUCUACGUAAUUUUCAUAGCGUCUUCACUCAAAGAUAUAUGCGACCACUUCUACCCAUCUCACGUGUAUUCAGUCAAAACCUACUGCGGUUUCCUCCUUAUCCCUCUCAUCCUUACCUCCCAGAUCAGACAUCUCAAAUUCCUGGUCCCUUUCUCCCUUCUGGCCAAUCUCUGUCUCCUUGUAACCUUCCUUAUUACUUGCUACUACACGUUUCAAGAUAUUCCGAGCGUCGAGCCGGAAAAAUUGGCAGUUGGGAUCACUCAAUGGCCGCUGUUUUUAAGCACAGCUAUCUUCGCCAUGGAGGGAAUCAACGUAGUGAUGCCAGUGGAGAACGAGAUGGCAAACCCGAAGCGUUUCCUCGGAUGCCCUGGGGUCCUGAAUGUGACCAUGGUCUUUGUGGCUACCCUGUACGGGGUUGUUGGCCUGUUUGGGUUCCUGAAGUAUGGCGAUGAAGCUCAGGGAAGCGUCACUCUGAAUCUCCCGCAGGAUGAAAUCCCGGCGAUGGUCGCGAAAAUUUUAGUGGCAGUCGCGGUAUUCUUCACAUAUUGCCUGCAAAUGUACGCUCCACUGGACAUCCUCUGGAUUCGAAUACAUAGCUACAUAUCGGGGACCUACCAGAAUCUGGGGCAAAUCAUUCUGCGGACGCUGUGUGUCGUUCUGACAGUGACUCUGGCCAUCGCUGUGCCCGACUUGGAGCUACUAAUAGGCCUGGUGGGAGCCAUCUUCUUCUCAACCCUGGGUCUCCUCAUCCCGGUAGUAGUCCAAACUGCCCACUGUUGGGACAGAAACUUGGGACCUUACUUAGUUGUUGUGUGGAAGAAUACUCUGCUGUUGCUGUUCUACUUAUUAGUUCUAGUUUCUGGGUGCUACGCGUCUAUUACUGAAAUGGUUGCAAAAUUUUCGUAGUAUUCGUGUAACGUGAUUUUAAACAAAGCCCAAUGGUUAGAAGAGGUUUCAAUUGAAAAAUAAUUAAAUGUAUAUAAUUA